AUGAGAGUUGUCGACGAUGCAGAGACGGCGAGGAGAAGCAUGAAAAGCGAUGUCACUGUGGGAGGUGGGAACACGAGUAUGGGGGUGGAGGUAGGGGCGAGGGCGGGGGACGGGAGCAGCAGCGGUGGAACGGUGGGCGCGAGCGUGGAGGUGGGAGGGGCGGGCAGCGGCAGCAGUGGCGGGGCAGUGGAGGCGGGCGUGCAGGUGGCGACGCAGAUCACGGUGCCGGGCGUCAGCCUCCCCGUCAACUUUAAUGUUCUCCGCUGCUUCAGCCUUCCCCGUGCGGCGGCCAAGGCGGGGCGGGACGUGCAGGUGUGGUGGCACGGGCUCACGGGCGGCAGCAACAGCGGGAAGCAGCAGGCGGGUGCGGCGUGCAAGCAGCUGCAGUUCUUUGCCAACCCCGCCUGCAAGGGCAAGGCGCUGGAUGAGGUGCUCAAGCCGCAGUUUGCCAACCUGCGGAGAUUCUUCAACGUGCCCAGGUGGGUCGUGAGGGCAACCUGGCAGCCUGGCAGGUGA